AUGAACUCACAAUCUCAAAACACCACCACCAAAACCUGUGAUCCAGAGUGCACAAAACCCUCUUGUUUCUUCUGCAGCACGAAAGAGCCGGACCCAUCUAACCAAAAAGUGAAAAUCAUCAGAGCCUUGUUAGAUUUGCCUUUCAGCCAUGACCAAGAGCAUGUCCUUGUACUAAGCAGCCUGUGGAACAUAGCCAUGGAAAACCCUAAUGACCCUGAAUUUCCAUCUCUUGGAAUAUUUGAAUGCAUGGCAAAGCUUAUUCACAAAGGACUCAAUGACAAGGAGUGGCUGCUGACUGAUCAGAACAUUUAUAUUCCUUACUAUGCUGCUCAUAUCAUCGGGUCAUAUGCCAUGAACAUAGUUGAAUUUGCUGAGGAGGCUGUAAAAUCCGGGGUGGUUUUGCCUUUAUUAGAACUGAUGAGAGGUGAGAUCACAUGGGUGGAGCAGCGGGUAGCGGUUCGUGCUCUUGUUCAUAUAGCUGGACAUGACAAGGUGUUUGAAGAAGCCUUUUCUGCAAAUGAGUUUGAGAUUGUAGAAUUAGCCAUGGAGAUAGCCUUGACUGGCCCAAAAGAGGUUUACGAUAAGUUUGCUGGGUUGGAACGUACAGAAAGAUUGAAGUACCAUUGCAAUUUGGUUACAAGUGGGGUUGACGGAGGGUUGGAGAUUGAGAACCGAAAGGCGGAAGAGUGGGCGAGCCAGCUUCAGUGCUGGUCUCUCAGCCUUCUCCACUCCUUUGCACGCAGAGAAAAGUCUCUAAAUUUAAUCUGCAAGAAGGAAUUCUUGGUUAAAUUGUGUGUAAUGUGGGGUGGUUUGGAAAAUCAAACCUCACCUGCUGGAAUUGGGUUGUUGAGAACACUUUGUCAAACCAAAUUUGGUAGACAAAGUGUAGCGAAUUCAGAAGAAGUUGUGGGGGCACUCUGCAAUCUGUCGAGGUCAUCAGAUGAUUGGCAGAUCAUGGCCAUUGAUUCCCUCUUGCUUCUUCUCAAAGACCCCGAAACAAGAUACAAAGUCAUGGAGAAAUCAGUUGUGUUUCUUGUUGAUCUGGUUGAGCUUAGAAGCUGUGGAGGAAGACCGAAAGUAGGAGACACAAUUGCGCAGACGCUCUUAAUAGAUUAUCAUAAAAUAAAGUAUGGAAAUUUGAAAGUGGAGAGCAAAAACGCUGAGAUAGCAUUGGAGGAGAUAUGGGAUUUGAAGGUUGACAGAAAGAGGAGAGAGAGACUAAUGUUUGAACAAGAAGUUAGAAAGAAAAAAUCAAUGGUGAAGGAGCUGAAGCAACGAGGGAAUGAAAGCUUUCAGUCAGGGAACCUUGAAAAAGCUGUGCUGGAGUACUCAGAGGCCAUGGAUUUGUGCCCACUGAAGAUACGAAACGAGAGGAUCGUGCUGCAUAGCAAUAGAGCUCAGUGUUUCUUGCUGUUGAAGAAGCCUGAUGCUGUCAUUAGUGACACAACCAGAGCUCUGUGCUUAUCUAGCUCAAUGAGUCCUCAUGGUAAGAGCCUGUGGAGAAGAUCACAGGCUUAUGACAUGAAAGGGUUGGCCAAAGAGAGCUUGAUAGACUGCUUAGCGUUUGUUAAUGAACGAUUGAAGUCUAAGGAACCCAAAACUGAAAAAAUCCCGAGCUACGCGGCGCAUAUGUAUAUCAAGCAGAUGAACAGAACCUGGUUAUUUGCUCCUGCCACGUCCAGGACGUUUAACAUGCAUGAAGAUUUAUUAGAACUCCAUGAGCGUUGUGAGUCCUCUUAA